AUAUUGACAAAAAUUAUGAAUAUGUAAAUUACCAAGGCAUUCCGAUAUAACAAUGGCGGCGCCCUGCAUAAAAGGAUGCAAUUUAAUUUUUCGAUCGGUUGCCAGAACAGAUAGCUUUUAAAAGAAGUGUCCCAACUUCAUACCAUUUGUCCUAUAAAUACAUCAUCAUAUCACUAUCAUCAUGGAUCACCUACUGGACAUGGAAGUAAUGGAGAAGGCAGCUGAUGCUGAGACAGCCCUCAAACAGAUAAAGGAGUGUGUCCAAUACAGGGACAGUAAGGGCCUAAAGACAGUCAUACUGGAACACAAACUUAAAGACCAGUCUAUAUUCUGGGAAAUCGCAUCAGAACUGACUUCCAGUUUGACUGAGGAGAACUUGGAAACAUCUGAGUAUUUCUUUGAGACUUGUCAGAGAUGCUUGAACUACAUUAUUGAAAAUGGCAACCCAAAAGAGCUGCUCCUAGCUGUUCUGGAGCAGGCUGAUUCUUUCAAGGAUGACCAAAAAUUUAAAUGUAUUAUGGAGAGUGUGCAAAAGAUUUUAAUGAAGUUACCAAGUAAACGGCAUCAUUCAUUGGAUAUCACCUUGGAAACCCUCUCAGCUCAUAUAGAGGCUAUCCCAGAGCCUAAGGACCAUAAUCUGGAUAAGGAGGAAAGAAAACUGUUGGAGAUGGAUUCAGCUGUCAUGAGAGCUACAGAUGUAGUUCUGUGUUAUCUAGAGUUCUUAAGUCCCUUUGUGGAAGAAGUGUCUAUGAAGAAUCCUACAGUCAGUUUCUGUAAAACUAGUCCACAAGUCCAACUUCUGAUGAAGUACUUAAUGAAGCUGUUGUCACAUCCACUCUAUCAUCUGGAUAUGACAUUCAGACCCAAGGAACAAGAAGAGAAAGAAAAAUCCUACAGCAGAAUAUGUGCAGAAAGACUGAUCGAUCAUCUAUCUCAACUCUGUCCUAACUUUUUUGCUCUUAUUGAACAAGAAAUGGAGAAGAGGAGUCAGAGAGACAAACAGAAGAAGACAGGUAAUGAGGAAGAUGAAGAAGAAAUGGAGGAGGACAGUGGUGACAAAGUGAGAGAUUGGAAGGAGGAUAAACUGAUUCCCAAGAGAAGCUUAGCUUGUCUGGCUUAUCUAGUCAUGGCAGAAGGACUUGGUGCGGACAACAUGCCCUGUGUGUACAACCACAAGUUCACACUCCGAUUUCAUCUGCCUUUCAUCAAGUUAUUCCUGGAGGAUCAGCACUCUAUUGUGAAACUGAAAGGAGUCCUUCUUCUGGAGAAACUUAUUGCUGCUAUUCCACCCUUCACCUUCAAACAUUAUGAACUGGAUAAUGAUUAUUACAAAGACAUUUUGAAUGCACUGAUAUCAACCAUGACACAUUGCCAAAAUAAGGAUAUACGCAUCGCUUGUGUUCCAAUAUAUUCUACGUUCUUUAGCAUGUUUACACUUCGAGGUCGUUUUAGAUUGUACGAAAUCGUUUUCAACACGUGUACACAUUCUGGAGUGGUAGGGCACACCUUAAAUUUGUACAAAGAGCAAGUGAACACUUUGCUAAAACAAGGAGACAACUGUGAGAAUCUCUUUUUUGGACAGAACCUAGUAAAAAUUUUCAAGCUUGUUUCUGUAAUCCCAGAUGGAGCCACCACUGAUUUGCUGGAGAAUUCAGACAGAGUUAUCUCCGUUCUGAACUUCAUUCGGUACUUGGUGCUGAGGGACAACCCUGCUUCAAAUGCUACAGGCUUCUGGGAUCUCUGUCCUAAACUGGAUAAGGAAUUUUUUGAGCCACUCAGACAAGCCAUUAUUCUGUCCAGAGGCCAUUACAACCUGGAUUUAGAAGAUGCCAAGAAAGGAAAUCCUUUACCUUUUGAAGAAACAGAGUUCAAGGUCAAUGUUGGUGGAGAGACUUUAGGGGCUGUCUCAAAAGAGCAAAGGAUUCAAGUUAUUGAGUCGGCUCUGAACACAUUUGAUAUGAUGGACAGUAUACUUAGUCGUAUCAUUGAAUUGGCAGAUAGUCAGAAAAGGAUGUUGAAAGAAAAUCAAACUGACACUUUGACUAGGUAUAACAGACAUGCUGUCAGACAGAUGUAUAGCAGCAAUGGAAACAAAAACCCACCACACAACAACUUCACAAGUCAAGAUUCUGCCCAGGGCGGAAGUGGGAGGUCGGAAUUUAAUGCCCAGGGCAGUAAUCAGGGCAGUACCCAGCAAGCAGGCUUCUCAGAGGAAGAAUUGCGGACUUCUGAGGAAUAUUCAGACCAGCCAGAGGACGAAGAGAUGCCAGAAGAAACAGAGGAGGAGUUCCAGACCAAACAAGCCAUACUGAAGGCCGCCCUACCAUUUGUACACGAACACGGGUGGACACAAAAUGCAUUAGCUGCUGGUGCAGAAUCUAUUGGUAUGCCAUCAAUAGCCCAUGGAAUAUUUCCCCGAGGUGGUGUGGAAUUAGUGUUCUAUUUUUAUGAAGAAUGUAAUAAGGAAUUGUCAUCCAUAUUGAAACAGAAAGUAGAAGAAAUGAAAGCGAAAGGAGAAAAGCUAAAAACAGGACCUUUCAUACAAGAUGCCAUAGAAACCAGAUUAAGAAUGAUAACUCCAUAUAUUGAUAAAUGGCCUCAAGCUAUGGCUAUACAGACACUGCCCCAGAAUGCUCCACAGGCUUGGACUAAUUUAGGGCGCUUAAUGGAUGAUAUAUGGUACUAUGCUGGAGAUAAGUCUAAUGAUUUUAACUGGUACACUAAGAGAGGGUCACUAGCAGCUGUUUAUAAGAGUACGGAGAUCUACAUGAUUCAGGAUAAAUCUGAGGAUUACAAUGACACAUGGCUGUUCCUGGAGAAUCGAUUGGACGACGUGGUCAAGGCAGGAAAACUGACCAGAAAUCUACAGCAGACAGGCACAGUGCUAUCAGAGGGGGCUAUGGGGAUGUGUAUAAUGACAAGGAACAUUCUGGGCAUGAACAACAGAUGACAGACUUAAAAACAUUGUACAUGUAGGAACCUAAAAGUGAUUAUUGGUCUAUGUUUUAAACAUAGACUUUUACCUUAAUCCAUUUAUUUUCUGCUUGCCCCCAUAUAAGACGUGUUACAUGGUAUAGUGUAUGUAGGCCUGUAUAUUGAUUUUGUUAUGAUUAAUGUUUGCAUAAUAAAAUGUUGAAAACAUAA